UGGUAUCAAGAAUCCCAGCGACGUUUUUCUCCAUCUUUUAAGCAGGAAGUCAACCGAAUUAUCUACACAGAGGACCAUGUAUGGACAGUUCAAAUGAAAUUUCAAAUCGUUUAGUAAAUAGCGCCACUGUUAAUCUUAUGUCCCAGUCGUACGAGCCAUGAGGAUAGUUCCAUUGCCGGGCCCUCCCUGACGCCGGAACUCGAUGACAUGAUCAAGAAGAGAUGCUGGUUGACGUCACGGUUGGACCCUGUGUCCCCGAAAUAUACUGACACGAACGACAAAGAACCACAACUGUCGUUAUGAAUCCGGUCUCGUCCCAGAAGCAGAGCUAGAACAAUCAGAGCGGAACUUGCCCCCUAUGGCCAUCUCGACAUCACAUUGCAGAUCCAAUAGCAAACUCUGCAGCGGCAGAAUCAUGACCAGAUCCGUCCCAAAACGGAUUUGUUUCUCAAGUACCUGAUUAGAGGGACAAGAAAAUCAGCCCGCGUUCAGUUGCGUAAAUCCCGGACAGCCCAUCAGCCGGAGAGAUUCUUGCAGCGAAAAGAAAAUAAUUCACGUGCUGUUUCACAAUCUGAAUCAGUAAUGUGGGGGAGCCAGUGAGGAUGCACAGCACAGUCAAUCACAGCAGCGAGUGCGCUAGCGGUCAACAAUGUGACUGGGGCUGUAAUGACGCCGCAAUGUGCUAUGUGCUGUCCGCCAUCUCUCGUAGAGCACGUGGUCGGAUACGUCCCAUGUGUUGUGCAACUCGACGGUGUACGGCAGGCUCGCCACUUACAGAGCCCAGAACUUGAAAUUUCACGGCAGCACAUCUUUUUGGGCUCCAAAAGCAUCAAGAGCGAUCUAGUCUUGACAGAUUGAGGUGAAUAUGGGGAUCGCCCUGGACUCGGAUCAGAGCCACGAUAAGACAAAAGCAUGCCUCAGAGCACUUGUACUUGUCGGGAUGUACCCAAGUUCUGCUUCGCGAUUCCGAUCUCAUGGCUUCUUUCUCGCGCAUGUGCUCGUUGAGAAGCGCGAGGCCGGUGGCGUCCUGAAACCGAACUUGAAUGGUCAUGCCUGUUUAGCCAGCGGUGUGCGGUACUAUUCGAGUCUGGUCGUUUUCAGGGAGUAUCUGGGAGCUGGGAAUAAUCUUGCAUAUUGGGGGAAGAUAUGGAGUGCAGGCAGAGCAAUUGCAGCAAGUUGUGUCCAAUCUGAAGACCAUCGGAUGCUGUGCGGUCGUUCUGCUCGAGUAGUCGUUCUUGUGCAUCGCAUGGUCGAAGACAUCAACCCGGCCGACUUGAAAAGUGAAAAGGAGUCCCCCAUGAGAAAUUUGCUCCAAGCAGAGACGGAGGCAUGGUUCAGCGUCAUGGGCGUAGGGAACAUCAAGUAAAUUGAUCGCAUCACUACUCGCUUCUGCUAGUGCGAUGACGGCACUACGUAUCGGGGUCGACGUAGGAGGAACGAACACCGACGGCGUGCUCCUCGACGCGUCCGCCCGCUCACAGCCCGACCGCGGUAUCCUUGCCUGGCACAAAACGCCUACGACGCCCGACCCCAGCACGGGCAUCGAAACCGUAAUCAAAGCGCUUCUGCGCAAAGCUACGCUCAACUCUGACUCAUCGCGCGUCGUUAGUGUCACGAUUGGAACGACACAUUUCGUCAAUGCGGUAGUAGAGAAGGAUCGCAAUCGGCUAGCGCCCGUCGCGGUGAUCCGCCUUUGUGGGCCGUUUUCGCGGGACGUCUAUCCCGGUAUCGACUGGCCUGAAGAUCUUCGAGAUAUUAUAUGCGGUCAUCUAGGCUGCGUAGAUGGCGGAUUGGAGGUGGACGGCACAGUGAUCAGAGAUAUCAACGAAGCGCAAGUCGUCGAUCAGUGCGCGGCGAUCCGAACCAAAGGAAUCAAGUCCAUUGUCGUCAACGGCGUAUUCUCUCCGUCUGAUUUUGUGGAGCGACAGGAGGAGCGCGUGGCAGAGUGGAUAAGGAGCUGUUAUCCAGAGGCGAGCGUCGUCAUCUCGAAAGAAGUCGCGAAUCUGGGCUUCAUCGAACGAGAGAAUGCGGCCAUAUUGAACGCAUCUAUCCUCCCAUUUGCACGCACUACCAUCCGCGCUUUCGAAUGUGCCAUCUCCCGCCUUGCUUUACAAUGCCCGUUGUUUCUGACUCAGAACGACGGCACGAUUGUCCCCGCGAGAGUCGCUGCCAGACUUCCGAUCCGCACCUUUUCGAGCGGUCCGACGAACUCGAUGUGCGGGGCUGCCUUCCUAGUGCAAGGUCAAGCAAUCGAGCAAAGCAUGCUCGUCGUGGACAUAGGUGGAACUACUACAGAUGUGGGAAUGCUUCUACCCAGUGGACUGCCGAGGCAAGCGUCUGCGGUCACCCAAAUCUCCGGCGUUCGUAUGAAUUUUUCUUGUCCCGACGUUCAGAGUAUCGGCCUCGGCGGAGGAUCGAUUGUUCGCCAGGUCGAAGGAAGAACGUCGGUGGGACCGGACUCUGUCGGGCAUCGCAUCGGCACCGAGGCGCUUGUAUUCGGGGGCAAUGUUGCCACUGCCACCGACUUCGCGGUCACCGCUUCUGGACUCGAGGGCAUCGGUAACGCGGAUUUGUUGCCUGAUUCCGUCAAAAAGGGAUCCCCGGCCUAUUCGCAAGUUGUGAAGCAAAUGCUCGAACGGGCCAUCGACAGCAUGAAAACGACAGAUGCCGAUCUACCUGUUCUCCUUGUCGGCGGCGGGGCUGUUCUUGCUCCUGCAGAGCUUCGCGGUGCCAGCAAAGUCUUCAAGCCCGAAUACUCUGGCGUGGCGAAUGCGAUCGGUGCCGCCAUCGCAAGGGUCUCCGGGACUGUCGAUACUAUGGUCAGCACUGCGAACCGCACGACCCAAGACGCACUGGACGACAUCUCGAAGAUGGCCGUCGAGAAAGCUGUCCAGAACGGCGCGGCGCGAGAGACUAUUGCGAUCGCUGAGAUGGACGCUAUCCCUCUCCAGUACAUCGCUAAUAAAGCCCGCGUGAUCGUGAAAGCAGUGGGCGACUUUGACUUUGCCAAAUCCCACCCAGCCCGUCUCGGAUCAGACGACAUGGACGAUGAAGAACAUCACGAGACCGUCGUAAUCGACAAAUGGCCUUCGAAAGCAACAAGAUCCAGCACGCCAGACUUAGACAUCUCGACUUACAGACCUCGCAUCACGCCCCAACGGGAGUGGAUGGUGUCCGAGAUCGAUCUGGAGUGGAUAUCGACCGGAUGUUACAUCCUCGGGACUGGGGGUGGUGGUACUCCGUAUCCCCACUUUAUUCGGCUACGCGAGAUGCUUCGGAACGGCGCCGUGGUGCGUGUCAUAUCGCCUACGGACCUGGCGGACACUGCGAUGGUCGCCUGCGGUGGAGGAAAAGGUUCGCCGACGGUUGGGAUCGAGAAGCUGCCUGCGGACGAGCAGAUGGAAGCACAGCGUAUGGUGUACCGGCAUCUGGGAACGCACCCGGAUGCUGUGAUCGCGUUGGAGAUCGGUGGCGGGAACGGAUUGCAAGGGAUGCUGCUCGGAGCUUCUUCCAACUUGAAUGUUCCGACGGUCGACGGUGAUUGGAUGGGGCGUGCUUAUCCUGUCUCGUGGCAAAUUACGCCGGUGGUGAUUGGUGGCGAUCAGGCGCAGUUCUUGCCUACGGCCAUCGCGGAUGGCAACGGCAACAACAUGAUUCUGCUGUCAGGAACAUCGGAAAAGCAAAUCGAACGCAUCUUUCGUGCCGCGCUGUCUGAAAUGGGCAGCCAUGUGGGAUGUGCGAAGGGUCCAUGCACGGGGCUAAACACGAAACGCUUCGUCGUGGAAAACACCAUCUCUCUGGCGUGGCGCAUUGGCCGAGCUGUCGCUCUCUGCCGGAGCAAAAACCAGACGGAUUCCGUGGCCGAGGCGAUCAUCGAGCAAGUGGGCGGAUCUGACUCGGCCAAGGUAUUGUUCAAAGGCAAGAUUGUCUCUGUGGAACGCAAGACCGUCCAUGGCCACGUCUACGGCGAAGUCGUCAUCAGCGCCGCCGACGUCAGCGGCAGCGGCCCGGGCGCUUCCGCCCAGCCCCAAUUCAGUGGCUCGCUCAAGAUCCCGUUCAAGAACGAGAAUAUCCUGGCACUGGCGGAUGACGACACGGUGGUGGCGAGCGUGCCGGAUUUGAUCUGUGUCUGCGAUGCAGCCAGCGGAGAAGCUAUCGGGACACCUGAGUAUCGGUACGGGCUGCUCGUCGUCGUCAUCGGUAUCGCUGGUUCGGAGAAGUGGACGUCGACUGCGCGAGGGCUCGAGAUUGGCGGCCCGAGGGCGUUUGGAUUCGAUGUCGAUUAUAAGCCGUUGGGUGUAUUCAGGAGACCGCGGAGUGUUAUAGAUGAGUUUAUCUAGUUGUACUCGGAUUUGAUCUCCAGCGUUGUAGUAGUUAGCAGCAGUAGUGCUUUUCGCUGCUGAAAUGAAUCGGGACCGGAGGAAUCGGACCCUCCAGUUUCAACCCGCA